AUGGUCUCUACAGCCGGGAAGCAGCGGCUGCGAGCCUCCAAGGCUUGUCAGCGAUGCAGCCGGCGCAAGGUCAAGUGUGAUGCCGCCGAGCUUGGUUGUCCUUGCAGCCGAUGCCGCAUGGACAAUGUCGCCGAGUGUACACUGGCCACCUCGCGCCGAGGGACUUAUGAUCGAACGAGCUUUCGCCGGCAGGUGGCAAACCCUGGCGCAUCAUCGUCAGUGGGCCGGGCUUCAACUGCGCAGACCAGUCCUUCAUCCGGCCGCCGCAGCCGAGCUGAUUCUCGCUCUCCCCAGCUGUUUCCGGCCGAGGAAAUACCAAUACCUUCAAAUGGAGAUCACCCGCAUGCCGUGGAUGUGACUCGGCCGCCCGACAGUGUCCCCUCCUCGGCAGGCGCAUCAGACCAUCCAUCACUAUCGGCCAUGUUCGAGAAUUUCCUCGACCGCGCAGGUCACGAAAACCUGUGCAAGGCGAAGCUGGUUCUGUUCGGGGAACCUUCGCCCUUGACAUUUGCCCUGCAGCUGCGGAGGGACAUGAAUUCGGGCCUGCACGACACCAACCAGCGUGUCUUGAGCAGUGAUUCACUAGCCGUCGUCCAAGAGAAUGUGCAUCCAAAACACCUUCGUCCCCACGAUAUCGAGUGUCUGAAGGCGAAGGGGGCGUUCAUUUACCCGGAAUCGGAGUCUUUGGCAGAGAUGAUGAACGUAUUUCUGGAACGGUUCUAUCCUCUAUACUCUGUUGUGAAUCCAACAGACUUACGCAAGGCGCAGCAGGAGCGGAAGCUGCCGUGGAUCCUGCUGCAUUCCAUCUGUUUCAUUGCGAUGACUUUCUGCGAGCCUGCCACAAUCUACAAGGCUGGGUUUGGUUCCCGCGCCGAGGCGCGCCAGGUCUACUACGAUCGGGCCAAGGCGCUUUUUGAUUUAAAUUAUGAAAAUAGCAAGAUACUUCUAGUCAAGGUGGCGAUCCUGCUCAGUUUCAAGGGCCCUCAGAUGGACUGCUACUGGAACCCAUGCUCGUGGAUUGAGGUUGGGGUGACGAUGGCUGUGGCCCUGGGACUGCACCGCAAAUCCAUUGCAAUCAAUGGAAACUUCAAUGACCGCGGCCUGCUCAGGCGGUUAUGGUGGACGUUGGCUGCUCGCGAUGCCCAUUGUUCCGCACUACUGGGCCGACCAUUCCGUAUUAAUAUAGCCCAAUGCGAUGUGGAAAUGUUAACGCAGGACGACUUCCCGGACGAACAUACAUUCCAGCCCCCGACGAUACCAUCAGGCUGUAGCUGCCGCGAGUCGUUCGAGUACCAGAUCCAAGCCACCAAACUGUCACUUAUCCUCCGAGACAUCAUGUUCUUACGGUUCGGGCCGACCAGUGUAAGCUCUACAACGGAACUAAUCCACGAGCAACUGGCCACCUGGAAAGCAAAGCUCCCAGCCGCAAUGCAAUGCCAGCCUGGCCAAUCCUCCGCAUCGAUAUCAGCCGUGCAACUCGACAUCCUGCUUAAUUAUCACAUCAUGCUCCUCCACAUGGACCAGCCCCGACAGUCAAGACCCAAUCCAUCGACCCUCUCGGCCCCGCCGCCCACCGGCUACGAUUCCACGGGCAUUUCAGAGUCGUCGGCCCUGGCGGUCUCUUCGAGCGCCAUCAAACUCAUGACGCGGAUCUCCAUUUGCAAUAUCCCCCACGAGGUGUUCCCUGGGUUCUUCAUGGCAGGAAUCAUUCUCUACCAGCAGACCCAACAGGCGCAGAACACCCAUCUUGCGAGAAUGAUCCAGGCCAGCUUCGACAAUUGCCAAAUGCUCUUGAAUCAGGCCCAGAAUACCUGGGACCCGGGCGUCUGGGCGAUGAAAGCUUUUGAGUUCCUCCUCCUUGCUGCGGAUGCAGCCGAUGCUCUAGAAACUCGGAUACCCCCGGCAGGCAGUACGCCAUCUCUAGAUAUUAAUCACGCUGCUUCUACGCAGCCCCAGCCUCCGGGAUAUGCUAAUGUGUCUGCCUCGGAUUUUGAUUGGGACGUGCCCGGGGACUUGGCGGAUUAUAUGCUUCUCCCAAACUUUUUCGUGCCGUUCGAUACAUAG